AUGGAGAAUCUAGAGCAGACAUGCGCGUCCUUACGCGCUCAAAUAGCUGCCACCGAGGCCCAACUUGCAGGUCUGAAACGCGACCUCGGAAUAGCUGAGCAAGCAGCCGCCGACGUCAAGGCUCAAGAUACCGCGAGAACAAUCGCUGAGGACAAAAGGAGUGACAAUGGGACAAGGAAGUGGCCACUGCUCGGCGAGGAAUACAAGCGCUAUGGAAGGCAAAUGAUUGUACCUCAACUUGGAUUGCAGGGCCAAUUGAAACUUCGCUCCGCACGGGUCCUCAUUGUCGGAGCAGGUGGACUGGGAUGUCCUGCAGCAUUGUACCUUGCUGGAGCGGGUGUGGGCACCUUGGGCCUGGUCGACGGAGACACUGUGGAAAACUCGAACCUGCACCGGCAAGUUUUGCAUAGGAGCAAGAAUGUUGGAAAGUUCAAAGUAGACAGCGCGAUCGAAUAUCUCCGAGAACUGAAUCCCCACCCUACAUACGUACCAUAUAGAGCUCACCUCACUCCUCAGGAAGCUCCGGAUAUUUUCAAAGAUUACGACCUCAUUCUUGAUUGCACGGAUAAUCCCGCAACUCGGUAUUUGAUCUCAGAUACAGCGGUGCUGCUCGGGAAGCCACUUGUUUCUGCUUCCGCGUUGCGGACAGAAGGACAGCUCAUGGUGUUGAACUACCCUCCUCGGCCGGUGGGAGACAAGACCGGAGGACCGUGCUAUCGAUGCGUGUUUCCGAAACCGCCACCGGCGAACAGUGUUGUCAGCUGUGCUGACGGCGGGAUUCUGGGCCCGGUUGUAGGCACAAUGGGGGUUCUUCAAGCACUUGAGGCAAUCAAGGUCAUUACUUCUCCGACUCUGAAUUCGAGCGCAUCACCUCCAUCUCUGCUUAUAUUCUCCGCAUACUCAACGCCUCCGUUUCGAACCAUUAGACUCCGCGCUCGUCGUGCGAAUUGUGCGGUGUGCUCUGCCGAGGCCAGCGUGACGCUAAAGACGCUCAAAUCGGGAUCUACUGAUUAUGUCUUCUUUUGUGGUGUUGCAGACCUGGAAGCGACACUUUCGCCGGAGGAACGUAUUUCGCCCCUUGAGCUCAGAAAGAAACAUCCUAAGGAAGUGCCACAAGACGGAGGCCGCCUAAGCAAGGAGCCCACGAUCAUCGACGUGAGAGAGAAGGUGCAAUUCGAUAUUUGUAGUUUGGAAAACAGCAUCAACAUCCCCAUCUCGACCAUUUUGUCGUCAGCGUCAAGUUCUACGAACGCAGAUGCCAAUGCGCAACCUUCGCUACCGUCCUGGCUUCCGACCGAACUAGCGUCUGCUGAGUCGACGGACCCGAUAUAUGUCGUGUGUCGUCUUGGGAACGACUCGCAAAUGGCAGUUCGGAGGUUGAAAGAGCUGGGGCUCGAUCAGGGUGGACAGAGAUACAUCGGUGAUAUACAAGGAGGGUUACGCGCGUGGCGUGAACAAAUCGAUCCUGACUGGCCAGAAUACUGA